CGCCGCUAUAAAACCCCGAACAGAUCUAUUUAAUCACGGAGCGACCGGCAGCUGCAUCUUUACUUUCUGACUGUUGUUAAGUUUGUCAGGCGACAUUUAGAAGAUGUUUGUACUUGUUGAGAACAGUUGUGACUAACACGUUUAUGUUUUUAUCGUUCCGGUGUUUUUAAAUUGGAAAAACAGACUGGAAACUAACGUUACCGUUCCUCAGCAUUAAGAACUAACGUGUGUAGCUAACAGCAGCUAACCGGCGGUUGUUUCACCUGUAAACUCCGCUGUGGACGACUCACCUGCUGGUUGUAGCUCCGCUGUUGUCAGUAAAUAUGAGCUGAUGGCGCCAUCAGCAGGUGAACACGGAGCACUGCAGCGCUGACUGGCAGCUCUGCAGAAGCUCAUAAUUGGCUCACAGUGGAGGCUGCUGGGUAAUCCAGAGAGGCUUACUGAGGCUGCUCAGACUGAGAGGGAGAGUGAGGUUCAGUUUCACCUCCACAGCAGCACAGUGAUCCGUAAAACCUGCUCACCUGCAGCUGCUGCUCCAGUUACUGGUCGUCGGUGUCGGACGGGGAGAAGGAGCAGCAGACGGGGAUCAUGUCCAGACGCAGCCUGCGGUUGGAUGACGGGCUGCUGGAUCGCAGUCUGCCGCACUGCAGCGCCUCCUUCAGUGUGGGAGGAAGCAGCUGGAGGAGCAGCAGGUCGUUGAAGUCUCGUCGUUCUCAGCAGCUCUCGGUCUCCUGCUCCGAGUCUCUCCUCGGUCAGACUCCUCGUAAAGCCGCCGGUCCGUCGCUCCUCAACAGCAGCCUCCACAGCGUGGCCUCGGACGCCUCGCUGCUCUCCUCCCUGCUGGACGAGUCCUCCGUCCAGGAGACCACGCUGGUCAACACCUUCUGGGGUCUGGACCAGGAUGUUGAUCCCAAAGAAAGCACCGUCAUCGCCGAGCCGAGCUCCGUCCUGGCGAACAGCACUCUGAUUGGCUGCGACGGCCGCUGUCCCAAACAGCCGGUCCAGACGCACAGCAGAGUUUACUGCAGAGACUGCGAGUCAGACAGGAAGGAGCCCGCCACCGCGUUCACCUCCUCCUCCUCCAAAUACACCUCCACCUCCACCUCCUCCUCCUCCUCGAUGGGUCCAGGACGCCCGGAGCCCCGAGACCCAGACACCUCCACCGUCUACGGCCGAGACCGGAUCCGCAAGAGCCGGACAGCAGGUGUUCUGGUGUCCGUGUGGGACGCAGGUGUGAAUGUCAGCAGGCGGUCGGCGGCUUGUUUAGUUUGGCUGUUAACUCUGCUUUAUCACCAGCUGCUGCUGCAGAAACCUCAGGAUGUGACAGAUGUGCUGCAGCUGUGGUUGGACUCCUCUCUGCUGUGCGUCAGGAGAGCCGCGGCCCGCUGCGCCUCCGUGAUGACACACACCCGGCGGGUGUGUCGGGGGCUCGCUUCGAAGGUCACAGAGGUCAACACACAGACUGAAAACAGACACGCAGCUGGUUUCGGUCACUGCGGAGACAUGAACCUGAAGGAGUGGAAGCAGAGGGAGCGUCAUCCCGACGGAUCUCUGUGUGACGACUGUAAAGAGAAACGACGAGGCUCAGAGACGGAUAACGUCUCCUCAUCUUCGUCUUCGUGGUGGUCAUCAUCAUCAGUGGCUUCCUGUUUGUUGGGGCUGACGUGGAGCGCCACUGUUUUUACAGGUAAGACGGCGGGGGAAGUGUUCAGGCGGCUCAGCAGACGAUGGCGUCACAUGACCACCAGCUUCCUCCUGACUCGGUUUCCUCUCAGACUCUUCCUGGUUCUCCUUCCUCUGCUGCUCCUGUUCAGCCUGUGUUGGUUUGGUCCAGCUGGUCUACAGUCUGUCCUACCAGCCGUCAACAUCACAGACUGGAGGACGGCGGUGUCUGACAUCCCCGCGCUGUCCUCCAUCUACAGCAUCAUGUCCUCACAGAGCCAAUCAGCAGGGGGCGCUAUGGAGGAGUCGAGGGAGGUGCAGACCCACGUGGGGCCGCUCUACAGUCGAACUCCACCGGCUGAAACACCCACAGGAGAGGAGGAAGAGUCGGCGGCAGCGGAUGAUGACUCUGUGCGGCUCGUCCUUCUGGAGCAGAGUCUGACGGCGCUGUGGGAGCGUGUGGAGGCUGGAGGGCAGCGGGCGGAGCAGAGACACAGGGAGGUGCUGCGGAUGUACACAGACCUCCAGCAGCAGCAGCAGCAGCAGCUCGUCUCUGUUCAGAGCAGCGUCGGCGAGGGCACAGAGCCGUGGCUGAGCGGCCUCCUGGACCAGCAGCUGUCCCAGCUGAGGAGACGCCUGGACGAGGAGAGACGACAGAGGGAACAGAUCCGACAGCAGGAUUUGGUGCAGCAGCAGAGCCAAACGUCUCGUCUGGAUCAGCUGGAGCUGCAGCUGCAGACACUUGCUGCCAAGACAGAGCAGGUGCACCGGAGACAAGAAGCUGCUACAACAGUCUCACCUUCACCUUCAACACUUCCAGCUGCUGUCAGUGUUGGUGUGGACCGUCAGUCCCAUGAUGCCUUGCUGGCAGAGGUUGCCCGGUUGGAGGCGGCUCUGGAGGACGUGAGGCGGGACGUUGAGGGUCUGUCUGGGUGUCGGGACGGCUGCCGAGGACUCGACAGAAUCCAGCAGACGAUUUCAGCGCAGGUUUCCUCUCGGGUCCGCAAGGACGUUCGGGCUCUGAUCUACGGGAACCAGCUGACGGUGGGGGGCGGGGCCUCUGGUGACACCGCCGCCCUCCCGGAGUCGCUCCUCCAGUGGCUGUCGCAGCAGUACGUCAGCGGGGCCGACCUGCAGGCGGCGCUGGCCUCCUUGGAGCUCAGCAUCCUGCAGAACAUCAGCCUGCAGCUGCAGCAGCAGCAUCGCAGCGAGGAGAUGGUCAGUGAGGCCGUCCUGCACGCCGCUGGGGCUGCUGGGGCCGCCGUGACACAAGAGGAAGUCCAUAUGAUUGUGAAGAACGCUCUGCGACUGUUUUCUCAGGACCGAACUGGCCUGGCGGACUACGCUCUGGAGUCUGGAGGGGGCAGCGUCCUGAGCACUCGCUGCUCGGAGACGUACGAGACGAAGGCCGCUCUGCUCAGUCUGUUCGGUGUUCCUCUCUGGUAUUUCUCUCAGUCUCCUCGAGCUGUAAUCCAGCCAGACGUCCAUCCAGGAAACUGCUGGGCUUUCAGAGGCUCCACAGGCUUCCUGGUGAUCCGCCUCUCCAUGAAGAUCCUCCCCACCGCCUUCUCCCUGGAACACAUUCCCAAAAGCCUGGCACCCAGCGGGACGCUGCACAGCGCCCCCCGAGACUUCAACGUCUACGGUCUGGAUGAAGAGAGUCAGGAGAGGGGGAAGCUGCUGGGCACGUACACCUACGACGAGGAUGGAGAAGCUCUACAGACCUACUCUGUCACUGAGGAGAAUGACCAAACCUUUCAGAUCAUUGAGGUGCAGGUGUUGUCCAACUGGGGCCACCAGGAGUACACUUGCAUGUACCGCUUCAGAGUGCACGGGACGCCGCAAAGUUGAUUAUUUACUGCACAAACAGUGUGGAGACAGCAGAGACACGCAGUCACUCCCUGCUAACUGCUGCUAACUGUGCCUGAGGAACCAUAGACUUCUUGAUGUGUAAGUGUUGUCAUUUUCCUGUGGAAAAAGGACACGCUGAAAGCUUUGUGAUGUAUGAUUUUUUUUUUGUCAAUAGUUAAUAUUUUAUAUCAGUGUUUUCUAUUUGCUGUGUUAAAGGUCUUUUUGAAUGUUUUAUCCCAUUUUUCUUUUAUUAGUUGCAUUAUUGCAGUGUAGUAAAACAGUUUUGAGCAGAAUGUUUUCACAUCUGUCUGCUGUGCUCAGAAACACUGCAACAUUUAAUAUUAGAGCUUUUUUAAUGCAAGAAGUGAUCAAAGUCACAUUAUCUGGUCCACAGCAACACGUUUUUUAAUGUUUUUGUGGAUUUGAUUCUGUGUAACAGCAGAGACCAUCAGUGCAAUGCAGACGUCAGAGUGUCCUUAAAUGCACCAACAGGGAGGGUUUUCAGAGUCGCCUCUGAUCACAACCUCAGUGCUCUGUGGUGAUAAUGAACCUUUGACAACAAAUGUUUGAACUGUUCUGAUUACACACAUCAGGCAGACUGUUUGAAACAUAAAGUCAAAGAUUACUGCUCAAAUGAAAUGAAAAUACUUUGCACUGAUGUUUUUCCAGUUUUAUUUAUUCUUGUUGUCAGGUCAAUGAAGAUGAAUCAGUUUGUAUCAUAUAUGUGAAAUGUGUCGAGACCUCAUUUUUUACGUAAUAUAUAUUUUUGUUGGGUUUUUUCCUUUUUUUGUAUGUGAUUUUGAGAUGUCAUAAUAAAGAUGUGAAAUUUGAA